UCGAUGCAACACGUGUUUUACUCUAAACAGAGCACUGCUCUCUUGUAAUUUGUGUUAAUGAGAUUUAAAUGAACUUUUUCUUGUCAUCAAGGAUGCAGGCUGUACGCGUGAAGUACAGGGAUUGUCAGAAGUACAUUUGUUAUGAGGGGCAACUGACCUUCGAAUCCUUUUUGGAUUCUGUUGCCAAUAAAUUUGACAUUCCAACCUUGGACUUAAAAGUCUAUGAUGAAUCGAAGACUGAAGUUGAUGAGGAGGUGUUUGAGUUUCUUCUAAAGAAACAGGACCUUGGUGUGCUGGAAAUUUGUUUACCCCAAGACCCGAAUCCUUAUGAUUUGUUGAGCUCCUCUGCAAGCAGCUCCUUAUCAAAAUACAGUGGAGACAAUAAGGGGGACUUGGAUGACACCAUUAUAUUGCAGCAUAGUGCUACAAGAGAGACAGCUGAGGAUAGUCGUCUAUCUCAAAUGAUUGAAGACAUUCUGAAGAACAAACCUGGAGGAGAGAGGAUCAUGGAUGAGUAUGCUCGGACAAAAAGCCUAACAGAUAGCAGAAGACGCGAUAUGGUCAAGAUAUUGGUUGCACAAAUGACAAGUGAACAUGGGACAAGUCCUUCAAGGCGUGUUAAAGAGGACUGCGCAAAGGGCAUCAUUGCCUUGUUCCCAUACCUGGCCGAUCCUAGGAGCAAGUUUGGUUAUGAGCAUUAUUACAAUGCAGAAGAUGGGAGAGGAUAUCUAGCAUGGAGACUGAAAUUUGUUCAAAGGGAAGCAUCAGAGGGACGACAGAAGGCCAUGCGUCAGUCACUGACAUGUGGUCCAAAAGUUGAUAGAGACCCCUUCAGAGAGGAAAACUGUCCAACAACAGAAAGCCUGUGUUGUGAGGCCAUUGCACUGAUGAAGGAUACGGCUGAGGAAGAAAUUGUAAAGGAGAAGAUGAAGCAGACGUUCGCCUAUCGCCAAAAGAUGGUUCAUGACCCAGUGAAGUCCUCUGAAAUAUUCACAGCUUUUCCAAGAUUCCAAGACAUAGCAGGAAUGAUUGAGCAAGAUUUUAGGCUGAUGUUUGGUGAUGCAACCUCCGCAAAGUUCCUGGAGAAGUGGCCUGCUCUCUACAAGCAGAAAGUCAUUGACCAAAGCCGUGGCCUCACACAGACAGGCAACUUGCAAGACCUGGUUCAAAAUGCUGAAUCCACAAGAGAAGUGAAAAAUGGAUGGGACAGUGACAUGUCCUCCAUUUUUGUCCUUGUCCACCUUCUUCCACCGUCACCUCUUGGCCGCAAGAGACCAGGAAAAAUCUCAGCCAGACACGCCAGUGACCACAUUGUGAAGUUUAUCAAGACUGGGACCAGCAUCCAGGGGCAUCUGGAGAGCGUCAUGGAAAGCUUUCAACCCUAUCUGCUUGCUGUGGGGACCCAGAGGAGUGCGAUUCACAAGUACUUCAUUGUGAUUGACAAACAUGCAAUACCUUGUAAGUCACCAGACUCUCUUGCCUGUUUUGAUGAGCUUUUCAAAGCUCAUUUUGUCUUUGGUACCUCGUACAACCAGGAUCUGAUAAAUGUGUACAACUUCUUGCAAACCACAAUUUAUGAAAUUGAUGUUGAUACCACUAAGGUUAAUCCUAGAGUCGCAGAGUUGCGGGCUCGGAUGCUGCAUUGAGUUGCUAAACGUUUUGAAGUUGUCCCGUGUGGCUCAGUUGGUAGAGCAUGGCGCUUGCAACGCCAGGGUUGUGGGUUCAUUCCCCACGGGGGGACCAGGAUGAAUAUGUAUGAACUUUCCAAUUUGUAAGUCGCUCUGGAUAAGAGCGUCUGCUAAAUGACUAAAAUGUAAAAUGUAAAAU